GGGUGGAGAGGAAGGGAAAGAGAGAGAGAGAGAGAGCGAGAGCUAGAGAGAGGGAGCAAGAGCAUGUCUGGGAGGCAGCUUACUGGAGCACACUUCUACCUUCUUCCUUCCCCUACAAGGAUAUCGCAUUCUUUGUGAUCACAUUCAAAGUGAUCUCUCAUUCCUGUUGUUCUAGAUUACGCAUGUAAACAGGAUUAAUAAUCUGACGAGGCAGAUUUGAGGAUUGAGUCCCGUUUUUAUUUCCACAGCUAAAAGGGUUUUUUUUUUUUUAAACAAAGGAUGCAAUAAGGACAAUUCCUGUAUCUUGUGGUUUGGCAUAUUUCGACAUCAUGGCUACAUUUUACAGCUGCCUGCGAGGAAAGAAAUAAGAGAUGAAACGGCGGACGCCAUCACCCAGGUCUAGCACUGGAGGCUCUCCAAGCAGUGAUUGCGGCAUCAUGGCCUCAGGAUCUGCAGAUGCCACCGGAACCCCUGAGUCAUCAGAGGCAUCGGAGGAGUGUCCAGGAAAAAAGAAAUCGAGGUUCCAGACGUUUAAGAACUUUUUUGCGAAGAAGAAGAGGAAGGAGGCCGUAGGGCCAGUGGCGGAGAGUGAAGUCCAGUUGAAGUCCGGUCAGUCCAUUGAAGAUGUUAACACUCCUGAGCCGACUUCUAUCCACACCGACAAAGACAGCGACUCCAGUUCCAGUAUCAACGUGGGAAGCAAGGCCUUGUCACAGGACAGCGUCUUCACCUCCGAUCCACCCUCUCCGGAGACGAACGAAGCUCUUCAAUCCUCACAUGACAGCAUUCAUGGCAAAGUGAAAUCCCUGCAGAUGCAGCUGAAGCAGGCGAUCCGACUUGGCUCUCCUCCAGCGGUGAUCUCCGUGAAGAAGAGUGAGGAUGGAGGGGUGGUUUCGGAGGAUGACGGUCUGCCCUGCAGUCCCCCGGAGUACUCCAUAGGCCACACCAUUCUCACAACUUCCUCUCAGAGGUCAUCAGGGGUGGUCCAGAGGAGUGGCUCCCUGAGCCUGGAGGGGUCGGACAGCGAUGAUGAUCAGAUAUCUGGGGCUUCAUCGAGACCAGGUACCCCACAGACAUCCAUUCCUGUGGACUUCAGCGAGCCAGCCAGCUCCCUCUCCUGCCUGGACAGUUCUGCUGCCCACCAUCGCAUUGCUGUCAAAUCCAGAGCCUGUGCUAAAAGGAAGCCUGCCAGUAGGGAGAUGUUACAAACCAAGAGAAGAGAUCUGAGAGAAAGAGUACUACUUAGAGACACGGAGGACAAACUGAAAGCUACAAGAACAAGCACAGAAGAGGAGGAGAAUAAAGAUAAUGUUUCAAAAGAUGAAGAGGAGAUUAACGAAGUCCAGAAAGACUCUCCAAUAAGCCCAUCAGUAUUAGCACAGAAAGAGGAGGAGCUGCCAGCAUCUUCUCGGAGUCAAAGAUCAUCUACAACUUCUGCCUCUGCUGAGGCUUUUGAGGAUGACGAAUGUAUCCCUGACGAGGAUCAUGUCACCAGCUCUGGGAUCCUGGAAUCCUCCUGGGAGAACACAGUAACACUGGAGCUCCAGACUGAUGACUUCCUGCUGGAUGGAGGAUGUGAGGUGGUUUCUGAAGAGCAGGGUUCACUGCUGGAGGAAGUGCUGAGUUCCCUGAAGGGACCCCUUGUGUCAGGCCUGGUGCUGGAGUCCGAGGCUACAGUUGAACAGAUGGAGGUUGAAGGCACAACUGGGGAAGAUGUGGGAGAUGACCUGCAUGUGGACAACGCUAUAGAACACCGUGACUCUACAGAUCUAUCCUCAUUCCUGGACGACCAAUUGCCUGUUGAAAACACUCGUUCUGAAUCAAUUACACUUCUACAGGAGGUGGAGAAUAUUUUACAGGAAGAAGAGGUGCCAGAGGGGCAAGGAUUUGCUGAAGAAGUCCCAUUUGAAGAGGAUUUGCAGUUGAAUGAGGGCGAUAUUGAGAAAGAGGAGUAUGGGGUUGAGGAAGACCAGGAUGGCAAGCAGGACUUGAAGGAGGAAGUAGCUGAAGACGGUGAGAAAAUGGACUGUGUUGAAGAGGAAGUAUUCAUGGAACAAGAACAUGAGGGCACAAAAAUGAAGGAAAAUAUUGAUGAUGAAGAGAAGCAAGAGAGUGAGGAGGCUUCAGAUCAAGAGGAAGAGAUGCUGGUUGAAGACAACAGAGAGGUCAAAAAUGAACUAAAUGUAGAAGAGGAAGAAAAUGAGACCAAGGAUCAAUCAUGUCCAUUGAAAGAUGAAGAACAAGAGACCAAAUUAGACACGAGCAUUCCAAUAGAAAGUUUCCAUGAGACCAACCAAUCAGUUGAACAUAGUGCCUCAGUGUCCACAGAGGUUGUGAACCAACCUGAAGAUCUUUUAGCACAGGAGUGUACUGAGCAACCUUCCUUUGUGGUGAUGACCUCACUUGAGCUCAGCUUUUCCAAGAAAACCUCGAACCAUCCUAAGGAGACGGAGGAUGUUCCCGAAAUUCUACAGGAGGACACCGAUGAGCAGUAUGACCUUCUGGAAGAAUGUGAAGAUCAGGCCACAGAAACACUGCAGAUUGAUGAAGAAUGUUCAGAGGACGUGUUCUAUCAAGAGGAUGUGCUGCCUGAGAGCCACCAGUCAAGCACAUCUGAAAGUGAGACUGCUAAAGAGUCAAGUCAGGAGGUCUCAUGCUCUGCAACAGAUGAUAAACCUGUAUUUAACAAAUCCCCAAGCGGAGAUCAGUCUUCUGAUUCCAUGAGAGCUGAGCUAUCUGUCAGCCAAGUGGAGACUCGGAGUCUGCCAUCAUCCCCUCUCCAGAGAGAGGUAUGCCAGUCUGAUGAGGACACAACCCCAGAGAACCCCUUUGGAGUACGGCUGAGGAAGACUCCAGUUCUGCACCGCUAUACUUCUGAAGGCGAAAGUCCAACUCCCAACACGGAGCCUGUGGACACUCAGAAGUCACCAUUCUUCGAGCAACUUUCCAGGAAACCUGCUUUUCCCAAGAAGCCUGAUCAGGUGGCAGAUGGUGUUGUGAAGCCCAAAAGAACCUCAGAUCUGGCUGGUAAAUCAUCAGUGGAAAGUUCGGAGUCUCCAAGCUGGAUCUCUUUGGCCAGGCACAAGCAGAAAGUCUUCAAAGAGAACUCCUUGGAUGAAUCACCCGAGAGCAAGUUCCCUACCCAGGAUGAAUUCAGCAAGAAGGGUUUGUUGGAUGAUCCAUCAGGUCCAGUUACCAAGGACCAGCUAAAACCUGUCGCUUCACCAGUUAAAGUGUCGUGUUCUUUGGAGAUAUCCAAACCAGCGCUGGUGGAAAAGGAGAAGAGGACCAUCAGCCACCCAGUUCCAGCCCCUCUAACCCAGGAUGAGCCUCCAUGGCUGGCUCUGGCCAAGAAGAAAGCCAAAGCCUGGAGUGAAAUGCCACAGAUUGUGCAGUAAAAACCAUAACACCAGGCUUAGAGCUUCUUACCAGGACAUUUUGCGCGCGCACACACACAAAUGAACUUGUCCAGUACCCAGGAUGUUGCCGUCUUUCUCACUUUUCCUUUUGCACACACACACACACACACACACACACACACACACACACACACACACACACAGAC